GAUGCUCGGGUUGUCGCUGGAGCCUCUGGAGGAUGCAGCGGGGUGGAUGGAGGAAGAGGAGGCGAUGAGAGCGGAGUGAACCACGGGCACAGGGCCUGAGGGAUGCCGACACAGCGCUGCCUCUUCCCGGGACGGAGGACGAAGGCUUCGGUGGGUCAGAUUUAACUAAAACAGGGAGGAUACGAGGGGCCCGUGGAGGUCUACGUGAAGCAACGAGGGACAGACAACUACCCUAGUUUCACCGUUUUAUCACCACUGCAAGAAACGCCUUUCAUGGCCUCAAGGUUUACCUUGGAGAUAUGCGCUUUUUGUGCAGUAUUUCAUCUUGACAUAGCUUGGUUUCGCCUUUAAGUAAAGAUACUGUGACACUAGAUCUUUAGUGUCCGUGUAUUCAUGCUACAUUUACCAUUAUGGCCUCAGCUCUGUCUGUAGCAUCACUAGACAUCCCCCUACUUACCAAUGCAGACGCAAAAUUGAACCAAACUCGUUCAAACUGAGCAACAAUAUAACAAAACAAAAUAUCGCUUAAACAUGGAGUUACUACAGGUUUUGUAUGUGACUGUUACCUUUGUGUGGACUAUUCUGUGCGUUUUGGAGAGCAGUGAAUGCGCACUGGACACGUCGGGCCUGUCCUUAGCCAUCCGCGUGCCACUGCGUCAAGGCGCUCGCUCUGAACAGCCACCUGUCGCCCCCAGCUCCGAGAAAGAGGGCAACCUGGUGGGCAAGAAGGCACGGCGCAGGCGCAGGGGGGCAGCCACAGGUAUCAGCUUCGUGGAUAUGAUUGAUAACCUGCGUGGGAAAUCCGGACAAGGAUACUACGUGGAGAUGGCAGUGGGGACACCGCCACAGAAGCUGAACAUCCUGGUGGACACUGGGAGCAGUAACUUUGCUGUAGGGGCAGCGGCUCACCCUUUUCUCAGAAGAUACUACCAUCGCUCUCUAUCAACGUCGUACCGGGACCUUGGGCGCAGUGUGUACGUACCGUACACUCAGGGCCGCUGGGAGGGUGAGCUGGGCACGGACCUGGUCUCUGUUCCACACGGGCCGAAUGCCACACUCAGAGCAAACAUAGCCGCCAUCACCCAAUCAGACCGCUUCUUCAUUAACGGCUCCAACUGGGAGGGCAUCCUGGGACUGGCCUACGCAGAUAUCGCUAGGCCAGAUGAGAACCUGGAACCUUUCUUUGACUCUCUGGUUCGUCAGACACCCGUCCCAAACCUCUUCUCGCUGCAGCUCUGUGGAGCAGGCUUCACCCAAAACUGCUCUUUAGGCAGUGCAACAGUUGGAGGCAGCAUGAUCAUUGGAGGCAUAGACCCCUCCCUCUAUGUUGGAGAGCUGUGGUACACUCCAAUACGCAGAGAGUGGUACUACGAAGUCAUUAUUGUGAGGAUUGAAGUGAAUGGACUGGACCUCAACAUGGACUGUAAAGAGUAUAAUUAUGACAAGAGCAUUGUGGACAGUGGCACCACAAACCUGCGUCUGCCCAGAAAGGUUUUUCAGGCAGCAGUCAAAGCCAUUGAAGCAGCAUCCUCAACAGAGCAGUUUCCCUCUGGUUUCUGGCUCGGGGAGCAGCUGGUCUGCUGGCAGGCGGGCACUACACCAUGGCACAUCUUCCCUGUCAUCUCUCUGUAUCUGAUGAGUGAAAACCGCAACCAGUCCUUCAGAAUAUCCAUCCUGCCCCAGCAAUACCUGAGGCCAGUGGAGGAUGUGGCGUCUGCUCAGGAGGACUGCUAUAAGUUUGCAGUGUCCCAGUCCAGCACUGGGACAGUGAUGGGAGCCGUCAUCAUGGAGGGAUUUUAUGUUGUUUUUGACCGAGAGAAGAGACGCAUUGGAUUUGCAGUCAGCACAUGUCAUGUGCAUGAUGAGUUUCGCACAGCAUCGGUGGAGGGUCCAUUUCAUGGGGUGGACCUGGAGGACUGUGGGUACAACAUCCCCCAAACAGACGAAUCCACUCUCAUGACCAUCGCCUACAUCAUGGCCGGUAUCUGUGCGCUCUUCAUGCUGCCUCUGUGUCUCAUGGUCUGUCAGUGGCGCUUUGCCCGCUGCAUUCAUCCACAUGGGGACUUCACUGAUGACAUUUCUCUACUGAAGUGAAUGGGAAACAUGGUGGAAAAUAUGUUUACUUGAAUUUAAGAUGGUUAUCGUGGCUAAAGGUGUUGGUGUUGUGAAUGCGCUUUUGGGUUUAGGAAAAUUUUUAAAUUUGAAGACAUAUGUUAAGUUCUAGUGAAAGGACUCUCUAAUGUUUGAAUGGUAUAUAAAAUAUUAAAUAUAUUGUCCCAGUAUAUCAGUAUAUAUUGUCCAAUCUAGAACCCAACUUAUUAUUAAAUUGCUACUCCCAAAUUCCCAUAUGUUUUAAUAAUAAUAAUUAUUAUAAUUCUUCAGAUUUACAUAGCACCUUUCAAGACACCCAACAUGAUUUGCAGUGCAUUAUUCAUUCACUCCUCCACACAGCUACCCUGUGCCUGACGGAAGUGAGGCUGCCAAUUUGUGCCAUCAGCCCGUUCGACCAAGUUAUAGUUUUAACGCUCAGUAUAUUCACUGAAUUAAAUAUAACUGUUCCUAAGUAUGAUCCAAGCCAUUAUGUCCUUGUCUUUGGAAAAAAAAAAAAAAAACACAAUGGCCAUAUCUAAUGGGACCAAGCUUGAUUUUAAUGUGAAAAAUAUAAGGUACAUAUAAAGUUAUAUAAGUUGGAGUAAAGUUAAUGAUGAAAUGGAAAUCAAGAUGGACCUGUUGCUUUAUGUGGCUUUAAAUGGAGUGAGCAUGCUUGUCUAUGUGAGGUAAAGUUAUAAGAGAAUGUUUUUGAAAGAUCAAGAGCAAACUACUGCUACCAUGGACCCCUACAGUUGAAGUAGGGCCAAUGUAACAAAAUAUAUCCUAUACAAAUUUGUUGUUUUUUUCUCAAUGUAAAUUUGAGAUUACAGACGAUGUCACUUUCUUUCUUGUACAAACAGCUUACAUGUACAUAUAUACUGUUACAUUAUUAUUAUUAUUAUUCUGUAUAGACUUUCUCUAUUGCUCCUGCACUGACUGAUGAUUUGCACAUGUAACAACCCAAUGCAUAUUAACAAAAACAGUGUGUAAUAGGGCUUUGGGACAACAUCCCGGGGGACCAUCUAUUUGUCAAUGAAACUACCCAAAGUAUGCCAUAGAAGAUAACAUUGUAAGUUUUUGUCUCUAUGCUGCUGUAAA